UGAAGUUCCCCGACGCGGGGAAAAUGCAUGAGGUCAUGCACCAGUUUUAUAUCAAGGGAAAGUUUCCCAGGGUGACUGGUUGCAUUGAUUGCACCCACGUGCGUAUCAAAAGUCCAGGAGGAGACGACGCCGAGGUAUUCCGCAACAGGAAGGGAUACUUCUCAUUCAAUGUGCAGGCAAUCACAGGACCUGAACUUCAAUUUUUCGAUUUAGUUGCAAGCUGGCCGGGCUCCACACACGACAGCAGGAUUUUCGACAACAGUAACGCGAGAGUACGUUAUGAGGAAGGAGAUGUACCUGGCGUACUCCUCGGCGACAUGGGGUAUGCCUGCCGGCCAUACCUGAUGACGCCGCUAAAAGAUCCUGGAGGCAAAGACAGCCCAGAGUACAGGUAUAACAGGUCACAAGUCCGGACGAGGAACACCGUCGAAAGAGCUUUCGGCAUCUGGAAAAGAAGAUUCCCAUGUCUUGAUAUGAAGCUACAAAUAGAAACAACAACUUCUGUCAUUGUCAUCACGGCAUGUGCAACUCUGCACAACUUUGGCCGGAACCGUCCAAGUGAUGAACUGCCUCCAGACACAUGCAAUGUUCAGCAGCCUUCCCCAGCUUCACAAGCUCAAGGACCACAGCCCGUUGACUCGGCGAGCGGCUUCAGAACACGAGCACGCAUUAUUCAGCAAUAUUUUUCCUAAAAUGUGGCAGAGCAAAACAGGGCAUGCAUAUUGAAAAUAAAGAAAUUGUACCAUUUUA